AUGACGAUGAUGGAAGAACACCAUGACAACGUCGGUCGGUCCGAACCCCCCAAAACAGAAUCGGAAAGCCUACCAAAGCCAACUCCGUCAACAACAACUACAACCCCACUCACAGCGUCCGCAGCGAUAGACGCAACCCUCAGAUUCUUCGCCAAUGCGAGCAACGAGACUUUGGGAGCCUGCGCGAUAGGCCUAGGUACCUCCACUUAUCUUGUUCUUGGACGCGUUGGCCUCGUUCUGAUCGGCGCGGUUGGGGGCAUCGUCCUCCAUGCCACUUGGGAAAGUCAGUACGGCGGAGAGUCCAACACAGAAAAGCGCGAGAGCAACCGCCGGAGAAAAGAGCUGGGGAUAGAAGUGGCACACCGGGUUUUGGGAUGGCGGGACAAGAAUCGAAAAGAUAAGGAAGACCAGGUAGUCGUCGACGAGGCUGAAGUUGAGGUCCAAGGGGCCUCUACGGCUUCGGACUAUUCCGGGUUCGAGCCCGAGACAAGAGAGGCACUGGCAAGCUUGACAGACGCUGUUAUACGAAACUAUGUGACUUGGUGGUACAGUCCAUUGCUUCCGAAAGACCGACACUUCCCUGCCAGUUGUAGCCAGACUUUGACGAGUUUCAUUGUCUCCCUCUCAAACCAUCUCUCACGGAAACGGCCGGCCGAUCCUUUCCUGGAUUUUCUCUCGAACUCGACCUCUAUUGUGAUCGUCUUCUUGAAUGAAUUGGGCAACGCAUUGAAGGCUUCACAGUACCAGGAUGCCGAGACAGCCAUCAACACAUACCUGCAGUUUCAACCAGAGAGCAAUCUGGCCAACGUGCUGAGCAGAGACCAACAGACACGCAAACUCAACCUUGUGGCUGAUGAUAUCCUCCAGAACUUUCUUGACUCAAAGUCUUACAAUUGUCCUCCCGUCAGAACUUUUUUACGUGAGAUCUUGGCAGGUCUCGUGCUCGAGACCACUGUCGACACUUGUUCCAAGCCGGAAUGGAUCAAUGGGUGGAUUGUCUACUUGUUGCAGGAUGGAGAGCCAGAAAUCAUGAAUGCAAUCGAUGCCGGAGUCGAAGACAUGAGCGGGGCCAUCUCGGAUGCGAAGGCCGAUGCCGUUUCCCAAAAAGGUCAUAUCAGACGAAUCAGCAGAGCCGAAGAGGCAAUGCAAGAAGCCAUGCGAGAGGCGCAGAGACUCAACGAGAUGAUUGCGGAAGAUGAAGCCAGGCGGAAACGCGGGUUGCUUCCGAGUGAGCUUGAGGAGACUGGAUCUGUGGCCACAACGGACGCAGGAUUGGCUACGCCUACCUCGUCGGAUAGCGAUCGGAACAGACAUGGGGGCCCGUCCUUGGAUUCCUCCCUGAUAUUUGACAUUGAUGGCAACGCAAUCCAUUCUGCGAAUCCGAGUCCGAAUAAAGAGUCCGCUUCCUUCACAAGCUUUGAUCAGCUGCCAGAGUCUGUCCUAACACCACCACGGCCCGUGUUGAGUGCUCCGGCUCCUGUGGAGGCGAUGGUCGCCGUUCCAUUGACAUUACAUAACGCUUCCUUGACAAUCAUCGAUCUUGGCGACGGUAACGACAAAGCUACCCUCAGGCAAAAGCCCAACAGCGAGUACUUGCUACAAAUUGAGCCAGCUUCGCAGCGGUACCCUGGGUGGAUGGUCACUCGGAGAUAUGCUGACUUUGAACCUCUCCAUCAGACCAUGACCACGAUCGCUCGACUCUCGGGCGUUCCAGAGUUUGGACAGAGAUAUCCCGCCCUACCCAGCUGGAAGGGACAGACAAGUGCAUCAUUGUUGCAGAACUUAGAGGGUUAUCUGCGGUUCUGCCUUAGGUUUGAACCGCUGGCGGAGACCGAGGUGAUGAAGAAGUUCCUGGACAAGGAGACUGGCCUUCAGAAGGCGCCGGCACAAACCAAAAAUGUCCUAGUCCAGGGCGGUGCUGCAUUGGAGAAUGUGGGUAAGAAUUUCAUCAACGUCCUCGGUCAGGGCGGGAAGAAUAUCGCUGGUGGUGGCAAGGCAGUGCUUGGAGGAGUCCAAGGUGUUUUUGGUGCCGUGGCGACCGGUGUUGCGGGUGGGCCGAAAAAAUUGACGCCAUCCCGUCCGUCGCAGCAACUGUCAAGGACGAAUACAGCGUCAAGCACACCAAGCUUUCGCCAGAGUCAAGAGUUGCCCAGGCAGAGCACUGAGAGCUUCGAUCUCAAGCCACCGCCUCUUCCAAGCAGACCUAACCAAAGUCCUUCGGUUCAUGGACAGGAAUCACGGACGUCAUCCAGUAUAGACGAAGCAGCCCGUCAGUCAGAGGAGAUGAUAUCAAUGCCGCCGCUUCCGAGUGUAAUCUCUGAUGAUUAUCAGCCGAUCACGCUGCCGAAGCCCGAAACUCCUCCUCGACCUCGACAAGAGACGGUUGUAGCCAUUCCAUCAACCCCGGCUUUGGCAGUCAAGCUGGGAGGGACAGACACUCCCUCCUCGAGCGCCGCAAAACUACCACCUAGAAGAGCUAAAAAUGACGUUCCGAUUUCUGAAGAAGAGACCCGGAUUUUGAUUGAGUUGUUCUUUGCUGUUCUAACCGAACUAUACUCGCUCUCUGGGGCAUGGUCAAUCCGAUUGUCUCUCCUGGGAGCCGCCAGAACGUUCCUUCUGCGACCCAACAAUCCUCAGUUGGAAUUGAUCCGGUCGCUACUCCAGGAGAGCCUGAUUGUGGCGAAUUUCUCCGACAAAGGCCGGGCAAGUCACAUUAACAAGCUACGAGAAAACGUGUUGCCGACCGAGGAAGAGCGGGCCAAGUGGUCGAAGGAAAUGACACCGGAAGAGAAGGAGAACCUCCGGGUGAAGGCGCGCAAGUUGCUAGUCGAGCGAGGUAUGCCACAAGCUCUGACUAGCGUGAUGGGCGCGGCUGCCAGUGGUGAGGCUCUAGGCAAGGUCUUCGAUUGUCUUCAGCUCGAACCCGUGGCGAGAGGUCUGAUAUUUGCGCUGCUGCUACAGGCCAUUCGAGCUGCCACGCAGUAG